AUGGCAAUCAGCUCCGUGCUCCUAACCGGCGCAAAUGGCUCCCUCGCCAUCCCAGCCGUGCAUCACCUCCUCUCCACCCAUCCCGACAUAACCGCAAUCCUGACGGUGCGUAAUCCGUCAGCCUCUUCCGACCCCAAUACACAGCGGCUACAAGCAACUAUCGCCCCAUUCAAGGACCGUGUGUCCCUCCGUGCUCUUGACCUAGCCAAUCUCCCCGCCGUCCACGAUUUUGCCCGCUCGUUAGCCUCGGAAAUCGCCUCAGGAACCGUGCCGCCGCUAGCCAGCAUUAUCUGCAACGCAUUCUAUUGGAAUCUCACUGGCCCCCCAGAACUAACAAGCGAUGGAUACGAGAAAACCUUCCAAAUCAAUCAUCUCGCCCAUGCGGCCCUUAUUCUGCGUCUAUUGACCUCCUGUGUUUCUAAUGCCCGCAUUCUUCUUUUCUCCAGCGAUGCUCAUUACCCCGGUAAAAACUCACUGGAAAAGUACCCGCCAUCUUUACCAGAUGUGGAAGAGACUGGCGAAGGACAAGUCAAUAUCGACUCCCUCGUCCAUCCUAGAGACAUAAAGGCAAAUGAUGACCCCCUUGGCCACGGAUUCCACCGCUAUGCCGUCUCCAAACUCGCCAUCAUAGCCUGGAUGUACGCCCUAAAUCGUCGUCUGCACGCCGCUGCGGGCGACGAAGGCGACAGCAGUGACCACCGUUUGAAAGGCGGCGUUACCGCCAUUGCGGUCAAUCCGGGAAACCUGAGUGACUCACGCGCAUUGCGGGUGAAUACGCCGACUAGUAUUAAGAUAAUGUCGCGGGGUGGAUGUGGUAGAGUUGGCAGUUGGGGGGAUUAUUCACAUGCGGAGGGGUACUUUACGUUGCGGAAGAAGGAUGAGAGUUCGCCAGAGAGCAAGGAUGAGAAGAAACAGGAGCUCUUGUGGCGGAAGACGCUGGAAUGGACAGGCAUUGGUGCGGAGGAUACUGUGCUUGCUCUUUAA